AUGAUAAAAUACCUGCUUCUGAUCAGCCGCCAGGGCAAACUGCGCCUGGCAAAGUGGUAUGUUGCAUAUCCCAAAAAGGAAAAGGCCAAACUUGUGCGUGAGGCAUGUCAACUUGCUUUGGGUCGGUCGGCGCGCUUUUCCAAUGUGGUUGAGCACAGGGGCAGCAAGUACAUUUGUCGUCGUUAUGCCUCCCUUUAUUUUGUUGCUUCCAUCGAUAAAGACGACAACGAGCUGAUCGUGCUGGAAGUCAUCCACCAUUUUGUGGAGGUAUUGGACCGCUACUUUGGCAAUGUCUGCGAGCUCGAUCUCAUCUUCAACUUCCAUCGAGCCUAUUUUGUGCUGGACGAGGUGAUACUGGGCGGUGAGUUGGAGGACAGCAGUAAGCGUACAAUUCUAAAGUAUAUUCAGGUGCACGACGGCGCUUCGGAGGAGAUUGAGCAGGCUGGUUCCAACGGUGCGGCCGCCGCCAUUGCAGCCACCGUUGGCGCGCUCAAAAUUGCGUAG